AUGGACUUCUCCCACCUCUUCUCUUCCCACUCCUCUCCUUCCCAACCCCAAUCAACACAAAACCUCCUCACCCAAACCUACAAUCCAAGAUAUCUUGGUGUGCGGCGUCGCCCAUGGGGCCGUUAUGCCGCUGAGAUACGUGACCCGGCAACCAAAGAAAGACAUUGGCUCGGAACCUUUGACACGGCUGAGGAAGCUGCUGUUGCCUACGACCGCGCCGCACGUUCUCUCCGUGGUGCUUCCGCGCGCACCAACUUUGCUUAUCCUGACCUCCCACCAGGCUCUUCUCUAACCCCAUUUCUAUCCCCAGACCUUCCUUCUCCUCACCCUUUCUUAAUUCCCCCUCCUCCCCUUCUUCUUCCAUCUACCACCAUUCUUCCCAGCCAUCAAUCAUUACCUCCUGUCAUCGAAGAGGAGAUCAUAACUCCAGCUCCUGAGCGUGUUUGUAAUGGAGGAGGAUUGGAGCUAGGGGAGUUCAAUUAUUCCGACACGAUAGGAGAUGAGGAGGAUAUAUUGAGCGGCCAAAUCUAUUUCGAUGAGGAGUUCUUACAUAGCCCUCUAUUUGGACCGAUGCCGGAGGCGAGUGAGUAUAUUGUUGAGGAUUUUCAGCUCGAUGGUCGUUCUUCUUCUUCCCUAUGA